AUGGCGGAAGUGUUUUUUGGAGUCACCGGCCUCGUGGGCACCAUCGACGUUUGUAUCAAAUGGGGACGCGCUCUUGCUCAGGCUUGCGAUGAUUACCGUCAAGCCGAGGCCAACUUGGAAGAGACUCUUGUUCGGAUCCAGAACUGCUGGCUGCGCGCUCUGGCCAAGCUAGAAGUGGCCAAGAAACUGGAGGGGACCAUCUCUGACGAGCAGAGGGACGUCCAGCAGCGAGUCUUUACCAUCCUCGGCACCAAGCUGGAGAACGUCACCCUGAUUCUCUCAAAGUGCGUUCAGCGCCCAGCCUUGAACUUGGCAACGAGGUUUCAGCUUGUGCGUCGAAAAGACGCCCUCGAAGGUGCCUUGGAUGACCUGGAGUCUUGGGAAAGGCAAUACCAACCCUCCUGGUUCGCCUUUCUCAAACAUGCCGACCCCAGUGUUGAUACGGCACUGGAAAAGAUUAUCCAGAGCGCACCUGCGGUUACCGCCGAGUCGAGCUCUGUCUCUGUCCAGUUCCGUCGGGCUUUGAAGGAGUCUUCCGACGCGUCUAGAAUUGUCUUUAUCCGUGAAGAGGCAUUCCAAGGCUUCACCCGAGAGAUUAUCAUGUAUAGCAAAGCCCAGGUGGCUACUCGCGCACCAGACGACAGGCAGUUCAUCGUCGACACGGUCACGGGCGGAGCAGUCACCCAGAAGGACGCCCGUGACUUUGCGCGCCGUCUUCGGCAUUCAGACCCAUUGACUUUUGGGUUGCUCGAAUGCAAGGGUGUUGUGCGGUACCCCGAGACGAUGGAUUUUCUCUUCCGUAUCCCAGAUGGAUACACCGACAUCCACAGCCUCCGACACCUGCUGCUCUCCGGCCAGGCACACGACUCGCUCUCCGACCGUCUCGAUAUGGCACAGAAGCUUGCGAGAGCUGUCCACUCCGUCCACUUGUAUGGGUUUGUCCACAAGAGCAUCUGUCCGGAGACCAUCCUGGGAUUCAGGAAGCCGGAGUCCCAGGCCCUCCCGAGCAUGGUAUCUCUCGUUGGAUUCCAGGUUAUUCGCAAUGCGGACGGAAAUACGCACCGGGUGACGGACAUGAGGUGGGAGUACAAUCUAUACCGCCAUCCACGGCGACAGGGACAGAGCGUUCAAUACUAUAUUAUGCAGCAUGACAUCUACAGCCUUGGGGUCUGUCUUCUCGAGGUUGGUCUUUGGGAGUCGUUGGUCGCGUAUGACAGCAAUCAGGUGGCCCAUCCGUCCAUGGCUCUCGGUCUAGAUGGAAACGGGCAUCUGAGGAGCCCCGACGCGCUCAAGGAUCAUCUGGUUUCUCUCAGCCGUAGUACCGUAUUAAGAACAAGGGUGGGCACCAAGUACAGCGAGGUGGUUGAGACCUGCCUGACUUGUCUGGACCAGGGCAACCUUAACUUUGGGGAUGAGAGCGAAUUUCAGGACGAGGAUGGGGUGGUAGUAGGCGAAAGAUAUAUUGAAAAGGUGCUCGGCAUUCUGAACGAUAUUUCUUUGUAG